ACCAAUUUGUUUACAGAUCAUUUGUUGAUUUCUUUGUUGCUAUUUGUUUUUAGUAGAUGAUUUAUCGACACGCCAUCAAAUUAUAAAUCUAUCUAGCUUACACCUGGUAAGGAGUCUAGCUAAAGACGCUUUACUGAGUAUUUUCUAUGAGCUAUUUGAAACGCAAAGAAAAUAUGGGGCGUAGGAUACACGUUCAUAGAGUGCCCGCCGCCAUUGUCAUUAUUUUAUUGACGGUUAUAAUAGUAUACUUCGUAAACUUCCACCAGGAUGAACGACCGACACUAUACAGUAUGCUGCGCAAUCAAAAUAAAGUGAAUUUACGUAAAUUACUUAUUGGUGCUAUACAAGCCGCCCAACGCGGUGGCAUGGAAGUGCUGGAAGUAACAAAGACUCUGGAGCUAAAAGAACGGAGUAAAGGCAAAACUGAUGAGGGUGCGAACGAUCCAUUUACGGACGCGGAUGGCCGCUCCCAUUGUGUUAUGAAAGAGGGGCUGCAUCGAAUAUUUCCACAAAUUAAAAUAUUUUCAGAGGAGGAUAAAGAAAGCUGUAGUAAUGUGAAUACUUUCGAUCUAGAUCCGACCGUUCUACACGAAACAGCAGAUUUGCCUAAUGAGUUGGCAGAUAUAAACGAUGUCACAGUCUGGAUUGACCCACUAGAUGCUACUCAAGAGUUCACAGAGAAGUUGUACCAAUAUGUAACGACGAUGGUGUGCGUGGCAGUAAAGGGAAAACCAAUUAUUGGCGUAAUACACAGCCCGUUUAUUGGUCAAACUGCAUGGGCCUGGGUUGAUAAUUCAAUGUCUGAGUAUUUGGCUUCUAUACACCCCGUAAGUCCAGACACCUCCAAACCACUUAUCACAGUUUCUCGUUCUCACGCAGGCAGUGUAAAGGAUUUAGUACGCAAUGUUUUCGGUGAAAAGUCUGAAAUUCUAACAGCCGCAGGUGCUGGUUAUAAGGUUUUACAAGUAAUUUCCAACAACGCCACUGCGUACUUACACUCAACAAAAAUAAAGAAGUGGGAUAUUUGUGCGGGAGAUGCAAUUCUAAGUGCACUCGGCGGUACAAUGACGAACCUGAAAGGCGAGUUAAUUGAUUAUGGACCAGAUGGAUCACCCGUCAAUGAUCAAGGCCUAUUAGCCACUCUAAAAAGCCACGAUGAAUAUAUCAAUAAAUUGAUUCAAUCUCGAAAGUCAGCAGCGCCAGUACAUAGAUAGUGUGAUACACGUUCAAAUUCAUAUGCAUUUAGAAGAUAGGCAAAAAGCUCAGGCUAUUAUUUAAAUAUGAUUUUGCAUAAUUACGCAUAUAAUUCUUUUUGUACACAUGCUAAGCGUUACUGUGUUUUAAACAAACAUCAAAAGAAUAAAUAAAAGAAAUGAAUGCUAAGAACUGAA